UGGGGAAGGGCGCGCGGGGGCCUUGAUCGCGGCGGCUACAGUACGGCCUCCGGAGGGACGCGCAGUGGGCCGGUCUGCGGAGAGACGCCCCGCCCUGCGCCUUGCCCCGGAGUCUCCGGAGAGUCGCGUCUGUGGUUCCUGCAGCCUUUCACUGUCGCGGGCAUGACUGCACGCCUCCUGCGCGCCUCCCUGCGCUGGUGGGGCGGCCGGUGCGUGCCCCGUCCGCCGACGGCCGCGAGAUGUUCUCAUUCCGGAGGGGAGGAACGUCUAGAAACUCCAUCUGCUAAAAAAUUAACAGACGUAGGAAUUAGAAGAAUCUUUUCGUCAGAGCAUGACAUUUUCCGGGAAAGUGUAAGGAAGUUUUUUCAAGAAGAAGUGAUUCCUCAUCAUGCAGAAUGGGAGAAAGCUGGAGAAGUGAGUAGGGAGCUUUGGGAAAAAGCUGGAAAACAAGGACUGCUUGGUGUCAAUAUCGCGGAGCACCAUGGUGGUAUUGGUGGGGACUUGUACUCGGCAGCUAUCGUUUGGGAGGAGCAAGCAUAUUCGAAUUGUACAGGCCCAGGUUUUAGUCUUCAUUCAGAUAUUGUCAUGCCCUAUAUUGCAAACUAUGGCUCAGAAGAACAGAUUAAGCACUUCAUCCCCCAGAUGACUGCAGGGAAAUGUAUUGGUGCCAUAGCAAUGACAGAGCCUGGGGCUGGAAGUGAUUUGCAAGGAGUAAGAACAAAUGCCAAAAAAGAUGGAAGUGACUGGAUUCUCAAUGGAAGUAAGGUAUUCAUCACUAAUGGGUGGUUAAGUGACGUUGUGAUUGUGGUGACAGUCACAAAUCGUGAAGCUCGCUCUCCUGCCCAUGGAAUUAGCCUUUUUCUGGUGGAAAAUGGAAUGAAAGGAUUUAUCAAGGGAAGAAAGUUACAUAAAAUGGGAUUAAAAGCCCAAGAUACUGCAGAGUUAUUCUUUGAAGAUGUGCGGUUGCCAGCUAGUGCCCUACUUGGAGAAGAGAAUAAAGGCUUCUAUUACCUCAUGCAAGAACUUCCACAGGAAAGACUAUUGAUUUCUGAGUUGGCAGUUUCAGCCAGUGAAUUCAUGUUUGAAGAAACCAGGAACUAUGUUAAACAAAGAAAAGCUUUUGGGAAAACAGUUGCCAAUAUACAGACGGUGCAGCAUAAGCUAGCAGAAUUAAAAACACACAUUUGUGUAACCAGAGCUUUUGUGGACAGCUGUCUCCAGCUGCAUCAAGCAAAAUGUCUGGACUCUGCCACUGCUUCCAUGGCAAAGUAUUGGGCAUCUGAGUUACAAAACAGUGUAGCUUAUGAUUGUGUACAGCUCCAUGGAGGUUGGGGAUACAUGUGGGAGUACCCAAUUGCAAAAGCUUAUGUCGAUGCCCGAGUUCAGCCAAUCUAUGGUGGUACCAAUGAAAUAAUGAAGGAGCUGAUUGCAAGAGAGAUCGUCCAUGACAAGUAGACAUCUGCCCACAUGCUGGAAUCCUAUUACAGCUAAUCUGUUUUAUCUACUCAAGAUGAAGUGCAACCUGGAAAGGGAAGAAACACUAAACUGUUUUUAAUGCUCUCUCUAUAGAGAAAGAAAUCAAAUACAUAUGUAAGAUUAACACAGUGGUAGGAGAAAUCUUUGAGUCCAGAGAUACUAAAAUUUCCCAAUAUAAGGUUUUACUUUUAAUUUUUUAUAUAGCUAAAAGGCAAAAAUUUUCUGAUUUUAGAAGUUUUAUGUUCACUUAUCCUUCAAAUUCUAAAAAGGCAUUUUAAGUCUUUACAAUUGAGACAUUAAUUUUGUUAUAGUUUAGAAACAUUAAUAAUACUUAAUAGCCCAUUAACUUUGAAAGGAAAAAAUAAUUUAGAAUGCAAAAUAAUUUCAGCAAUUUUGCUCCAGAUUCCCCAGAACACCGGUUUCUACCACCAUACCCUAAGACUGUUUUUAAGCAGUAGAAACCUUCCUUGGUACAAAAGCUUAUGUAAGAGUCCCUGCGAAGUGCCAGUGAAUGAAUAGCUCCUCUAUUUGAAGAGGGAAGCUUUCCUACCUUGCUGCCUUGGAUCCACCAAGAUUCAGCUAAGCAUUUGCCUAACCCCAACUAGAGAAUGAAGUUGGUUUUCUUAUCUACUGACACCUGGACUUUCAACAGAUUUCCAUCCCAGUUUAAUUUAUAGGCGGACACAGAACAUCCAUCCUUUAAUUUUAAGAUACUGGUGUCUUUUAUAGGUAUCAAAACAGUGACUUCUAUUUUGAAGCAGUGUACUUUUACAAAUAAUUUAACAAAUACUUUGUGUUUUUCCUAAGCCAGGCUGUUAAAAAAUAUGGCAAAUGAAACUGGCAAGAUCCCUGUUAAUAAGUGAUUAAGCAAAUAAAUUAUAAUAAAGUAAGAAAUAAAUAAACAAGAUAAUUUCAAAUCAUGCUAAGUGCAAUGAAAGAAAAUAGGCAUUUAAAAUAGGAGUGAGGAAACGAAAAUUGAUUUGAGACUUAAAGUAAUUAUUAUUUUAAAAAAUUAAUUUGUAAACUGCUAGCAUCCUUUCAGUACUUGUUUUUCUUGGCAUUCUGGUAAGACAGUGAAUAAAGUAAUUUUUAAAUGGAAACAA